CCCAACUGUGGGAAGGUGGCCUUGCUGCAGCCUCAACGCCGCCCCCAAGGGCCGGGUGAGCUGAAGCCCUGCCUGGUUUUGCUGUUCUUCAUCUUGACAAAGGAACAGGCAGAAGAACGAGGGGAUCUUGGCUGCUGUGCCCCCAGAGAUGGAGAGCGGACAGGAGCCCAGUUCUCAGGCGGUGGCCCUGGCAGAAGGCUUCCUCCAGAGCCAGGCGGGGAACGUGGAGCAGGAAGAGCAGGGACCAUCAGAAGCAAUAGAGGAGGUUUUGGCAGUGCCUUGGCAGAGAUUCCUCUUCUGGGAAGUCAAGCAAGAGGGCAAUGGAGGUGCUACUUUACUGGGCACCGGAAGAACGCCAGGUGGACAUUCUGGGCUUUCCCUUCAGUGUGAUGGAACGGACAUGCCCUCUGUGAGGCCAGAUCAGGUGACCUUUGAGGACGUGUCUGUGGAUUUCUCGGAGGAGGAGUGGGCCCUGCUGGAUCCAGGCCAAAGGGCUCUGCACAGGGAAGUCAUGGAGGAGAAUUACAUGAACCUGGCCUCUCUUGGAUUUCUGGUUCCCAAGCCGGACUUCACCUCCUGGCUGGAAGAAGAGGAAGAGCCAGUACAAGCUGCCAAGGAAGGGCAGAGAUUGGCAGAGUGGGAGUCCAAGAGACCAGAAGAGCAGAGAAAGAAAACUGAAACAAACCAGAAGGGGAGGAAAGAAUAUACUGUUCCUGAAGGUGCUGAGUUCACUCCAAUACAGGAAGAUAAUUACAAAGGAAAUAAGUGGAUUAACAUAUCUCAUGCAGCAAAAAGCUUAACUGGCAAAUCAAAUGAUACCACAGAACAGAGAAUGCAAAAUGAAGAGAAACGGUGGAAGUCAUCAGAGUAUAGGUCAGGAAACAACAAAACGCUUGUUUUCCCUGAAAGACUGCAGUCAGAGAAGAAAUUUCACAGAUGUUCAGAAUGUGGGAAAAGUUUCAGAAAGAAGGGCAACCUUGUUGUACAUCAGAGACUGCACACUGGAGAAAAACCAUAUAAAUGCACUGACUGUGGAAAGAGUUUCACUCGCUACACAGGUCUCGUUUCCCAUGAAAGUAUUCACACAGGGGAGAAACCAUACAAAUGCACUGACUGUGGAAAGAGUUUCAAUCACUUUUCGAGCCUUGCUUAUCAUCAAAGAAUUCAUACAGGGGAGAAACCAUACACAUGUUCUGAGUGUGGAAAGAGCUUCAGUCACAGCUCAACCCUUGCCUCCCAUCAAAGAAUCCACACGGGAGAGAAACCAUAUAAAUGCUCUGAGUGCGGAAAGACGUUCAGGAAUCACUCAAACCUUACUUCUCAUCACACAUUCCACAUAGGGGAAAAACCAUAUGCAUGUUCUGACUGUGGGAAGAGGUUUAGUGACAGCUCAGCCCUUGCUACUCAUCAAAGAAUUCACACAGGGGAGAAACCAUUUACAUGCUCCGAGUGUGGAAAGAGCUUCAGUCACCCUUCAAGUCUUAUUUCCCAUCAAAGAAUUCAUACAGGGGAGAAACCGUAUAAAUGUCCAGAGUGUGGAAAGAGCUUCACAGUUUGCUCAUCUCUUGCUUCCCAUCGAAGAAUCCACACAGGUGAAAAACCAUAUAAAUGCACGGACUGUGGAAACAGUUUCACUCACUCCUCAAGCCUUGCUUCUCAUCAAAGAAUUCACACAGGGGAGAAGCCAUAUAAAUGCUCUGAGUGUGGAAAGAGCUUCACUUACAGCUCGGGCCUUUCUUCUCAUCAAAGAAUCCAUACAGGGGAGAAACCAUAUAAAUGCUCGGAAUGUGGGAAGAGCUUCAGUCACUACUCAGGGCUUGCUUAUCAUGAAAGGAUCCAUACAGGGGUGAAACUGUAUCAAUGCUCAGAGUGUGGAAGGAGCUUCAGUCACAGCUCAAGACUCACUUCCCAUCAAAGAAUCCACACAGGAGAGAAACCAUAUACAUGCUCAGAGUGUGGAAAGAGCUUCAGACACAGCUCAAGACUGACUUCUCAUCAAAGAAUCCACACAGGAGAAAAACCAUAUACAUGCUCAGAGUGUGGAAAGAGCUUCAGUCAUCGUUCAGGCCUUGCUUACCAUCACAGAAGCCACACAAGAGAAACUGUAUCAGUCCUCCAUUUGUAAAGAAGACUCAGAUGGAGCCCAUAUUGUAAUUCCAAUCAAAGAACUCACAUAACAGAAAAUAUGUAAAAAACAUGGAUACCCUCAGUGUCAGCCCAGCAUUUCCUCCUUUUUGAUAAUGAGGUUUUAACUAUAGGUUACGUUUUCAUCAUGUCCUCCCCUGGUCCUUUUGAUCAGAUGUGCAUUGUAAAUCCCUUCCUUGGAACUCAGUUCUCCUCUGCUCAGAGUUCUGAUUCAGAACUGGCCCAGAAUACUCCCCUCCUCUCCUGGUAUCUUUUCCAAACUUGAAACAGCUCUGGGGAGCUUUCUAUGCUGAGGAAUUUCAGGUCAAUAAAUGCCUUGUCUGGUAUAGAAUCAUAUGGUUGGAAGGGAUUUCUAGGGUCAUCAACCCCCUGCACAAUGCAGGAACUUCACAACUACCCCCCAACUGCCCCAGUGACCCCUGCUCCAUGCCCAGAAGAUGGUGAAACACCUCCAGGAUCCCAAGCCAAACUGGCCUGUGGGAAAUUGUUACCUGACCCCUAGGUGGCCAUUGGCAUUACCCUGGGCAUGUAAGAAGGGUCACAAAAACAAGCACAAACGCAAAAACUAAACACUGAUGCAACCCCUUCUGCCCUUCCCCCUCAUGAUCCCCCUUCUGCCCUUCCCCCUCAUGAUCCGCUCAGGUUCACAGAAUCAGCAUUGGUGUCAAAUGGCCGUCUAGCCUCUGCCCUGUUUGCUGGUGAAGGACUUAUCUCUGUUAUGAUAUGGAAAUGCAUGGAUAUUCUGGGGCUCACCAGUCUCUACCUGGAUACGGGGGUAGCAGAUGGAAUGGUCCUACUGACCUCCAAAUCCAUGUUGGAAAGUUUCCAUUUGUCUUGGAAGGUUCUCAUAUUCAGUCUUUGGAAUGAAAUAUCCAGGGCCAUUAACCCGCUUCCAUCCCCUCCUGGCUGUGGCAUCGUCGGGAACAAAGAAAUUGUACCUGCCAACAUUGCAUCUGCAAGAAAUCUCGUGGAGUUGUUCUGGGUUGUUAAAAACGUUGUCUUACCAGGAAGCCAUUGAGGCUCUUGUGAUUUUUUCCCCAUAGACACUUACUCAAAAGAGUCUGCUCGCAUUCUAUCGAGCACUAUAUUGUCGAGUUGUUCUUUACUUCAGUUUCCUACAGCUGCCAUUGGUUGCCAUUUUCUAA